AUGGUUCGACCAUCGAAUCCUCGACUUAUGGCUCGCGUACUGGACGCAGUGAUGAACCUCGGCGACACCAAAGGUUCAUCGGCUCGCGAAGUUCUCAGCUUUAUCCGACAAAGCAACGUGUCGCCCAAGAACCUGACAGUACAGGUGCAUCGAGCUCUAAAACACGCGGUGAACGCCGGACUUUUACGACACAGAAGUGGUCGUUACAAAGCACUGGCUACUCUGAAUCCCGCUUCUGGUCCUACUCCGUCUGCCAACAAGGAGUCAACUAAUGGCGAUCGGAAAACCGAAGAGAAGAAAUCGAAAUCCGACAACGAGGAUUGGUCGGACAAAUCGUUACGAUACAGUUCUAAUGUUCACAGCGACGACAGCGAAAGCGCCCGUACGAAGACGAGGAGUUUGAGGACCAGUCAUCUGGACGAUGUCACGGCGAAUAAAUCGUUGCGUCGAGAACCGAGACGGAAAGAGACGCGGGCAAAAUCGAGAGGUAGAUCGGCAUCGCAAGCUCGUAGUCCGCAGCUGCAACGAACCGUGCAAGCGCGACAGUAUCCGAUCGAGGAAGUCGGAAACGAUAGGCAGCAAUGUGACGAGGAUCGCGGAUCUGUGGAGCGCGGUGCGGCGCGUCAGGAAGCGCACGAGGAGAAAGACAUCGAGGAGACUCGCGAGCCGAAUGACAGCAACAGCGGCAGCACUCUAGAGGAUUUGAGAGACUAA